CGUAAACCGCCAUCAAAUCCGUAGGUUUCCUAUACAAUGGGGUGUUUGCUUUUCAUCGCUGAGUAGUUUUGUUAAAUACUAGAAUGUGUUUUUCCUCAAGAAGGCCUGACUAAUGAACAGGACAUUGAAAAAGAAGACAAUAAUAUCAGCAUUAGAUUGUGUGGCAGUUUGCUUUAGCAGUAUGGCGGCGCUUACACGGAUUGGUGUGGCUUCGUCUUCCUCUUCCGGUGAAAUGUCACCGAGGCGUCUUGCGCGUCCGGCUGAACUUUGUGCGAGUUCUUGCGCCUGUUUCCAUAGCAGUUAAGAAACAUUCAGUGUUUAGCUGCAGUCUCUUAGGUUAACACUCUGCAUACUGUAUGGCGCAUGGCUGGCGCGCCGUGCGAUGACCGGAGGGCAGUGGCGACGCCGGGGCUGGGGCAGGGGGCCUGGGCGGACAGCGUGCGGACUGCCCGGGGCCAGGAGGUGACCCACAUCCGAGACCGCCCCUUCGCCCAGCGCCUGGCCAGCAAACCUCAGCCUGUCAGCUACCGCGGCGGCCGGCCCAUGCACCGCAGCACCCUGCAGCUAGGGGGCAGGCUUUCGGACACCAGCUACGUCACCACGCACGCGCACUACUACUCUGGGAGAGACGGCCAUGGGCACUUGUCUGCUGUGCCACGAGCUGCCCAGUACCCCUCGCAACACCACGGCACACUGGACUUAAGCCACUCAGCCCUGGAGCGCUGCCAGUCCCAUAGUCGGGAUGCCUUUGGACCCAAAGAAACCACACCGCACUACGUUCUGCAUGAGAACGGAGUGAGAAAUCGAAGCCACAGCCAAAACGGUUUGGGCAUGAGUGAAGUGACCAACCCCCCAGCCACACGGAGGGACUACAGCACCACCUACAGGACAGCACACUGCAGGGCAGCUCCACAGCCCGUCUCUGCCCGUUCCACAGGGCUGCCCACUCACUGGCACAAUUACAACAUCAUCACAGGGGAAGAGCAGUUGCCGGCGGUCCCAGGACACCGCAGGAGACGAGCGGGAGACCGUGUGCUGUGGGAAUCCCGGCGCUGGGAGAGUGACUGCUGUAGCCUGCGCCUCUACUGACCCCCCCCCCAGCUCCAUUACACCCUCCUGCAGAAAGCUUGCUUGGCGUUAGAGAAGUAUUUUUGUUAUAAUAUAGAUCUAGCUCCAUUUGCACACGCUGAACAUUUAUUUGCAGGUCACUAUUAAAACCAGUGUGGCACACUG